AACAAACACUUAAGUAUACUUCUACUAAAAGAAAAAAUGAGUAAAGAAUUACAAGUUAAUAUACCAAUAAAGGUUCUUUGGAAUUAUGUGUCAUCUAAAUGGGAUAUUAGAUCUGCUGAUAUUAUGGAAAAUAUAAGUUUUGAUACUAGUGAGAAAGACUUUGUAUUACCAGAAGAGUUUGCCCAGUUGCUUGCUGAAGAAGGAGAAAAAAUUAAAAGACUAGAUAAAAAACGUUCAAAUAAUGAAAUUAAGAAGAAAAUAUUAUUAAAUUGCGGUGUUAAAACAAGAUCCAAGUCUAAUUCCAUGUCCUUUCUUGACCCGAAGGACGGUCUCAAUGAGACAAUUCCCUCAACAUUAUUAAAAAGCUCUCCAGCUAAAACAAAUGGAGUUGGAUCUGACAAUGUCCCAUGUACUAGAAGACUAUUGCGUUCCAAUGGCAAACUAAAAAAUAGUAAACUUGAUGAAAAAAACAAGUUAAAAUACUGGGAACAGUUAAAUAAAACAUCAAAGCAGUCUAAAGAAGUGGAGAAGAUUGAAAAAAUCUCAAAUUUUAUAGGUCGAAAAAAAAAAAUUAGACACGAGUCAGAAUCUAGUUUUUUUUUCUGAUAAUACCAAACAGUGUAGGAAUUAUAAAAAUAAUUUAACAGAUUUAACCAUUUCGAGAUAUAACAUCAUUAAGCAGGUGAUCUUGUAGCAACAAAAAUUCAUAAAAUUUAAAAAUGACAAAUGACAGUGUCAAUAUGACACACAAAGUACCAUUUAAUUAAAAAAUAAAUACAUUUAAUUAUAAAUGUUCAAUUUAACUGAUAACAUUUCUUUAAAAAAACAAUG